UAAGCCAAUACCAUAGAGCAAAAACACCCUCAGAAUUCACAGAAUCAAGAAAUGGAUUCAGACUCUAUUCCUCCUUCUAUUUCUUUACAGCUCCCGGUUAUCGAUUUCUCGAACCAAACCCUAAAACCAGGAAGCUCAAAGUGGGAUGAAGUGAAGGCUGAUGUCCGUAAAGCUCUAGAGGAAUACGGUUGUUUCGAAGCUACCUUUGACAAAGUGUCAGUGGAGCUUAAGAAGUCUGUUUUUGAAGCUAUGGAAGAGCUUUUCGACUUGCCGGUUCAGACCAAACAGAGAAACGUGUCUUCCAAACCCUUCCAUGGAUAUAUUUGUCAUAAUCUCUAUCAGAGUUUGGGGAUCGAUGAUGCUAAUGUUUUGGUGGAAGUCAACGACUUUACUAAACAGUUAUGGCCUGAGCAUGGGAACAAGAGUAUUAGUGAGACGAUUCACCGGUUCUCGGAUCAAUUAUUGGAAUUGGAUGUGAUGGUGAGAAGAAUGAUAAUGGAGAGUUUUGGGAUAGAAAAAUACAUUCAUGAACAUCUUAAAUCUACAAACUAUCUUUUGCGAAUGAUGAAGUAUACAACACCUCUUGAUGCUGAUGUAGAGGAGACAAAGGUCGGUUUACCUGCUCAUACCGAUAAGAACAUCAUCACGAUACUUCAUCAGUAUCAAGUUGAUGGUUUGGAAGUGAAAACCAAAGAUGAAAAAUGGAUCAAAGUGAAACCAUCUCAAGAUUCUUUCGUCGUUAUGGUUGGAGAUUCUCUAUGUGCACUUUUGAAUGGUCGAUUGCCUUCAUCAUAUCACCGAGUCAUGAUGAUGGGAAAUAAGACAAGGUAUUCGACAGCGCUGUUCUCGGUCCCAAAACUAGAAACUAUUAUAGAUUCACCUGAAGAACUUGUCGACGAAGAACAUCCACGCAUGUUCAAACCCUUUGAUUACAAAGAUUUCGUUCACUUCUUCCACACAGAAGCUGGACGUAAAGCUCAAUCUACUCUCCAUGCUUACGCUGCCCUCUGAAACAUCAAACUUAAUUCAGAAUAAUGUUGUAUGUAUAACUUCAUGUUUGAUGUUUUCUUGUUAGCAGAUAAUUAUAAAAUCAAGAAAAAUAAGAUCUGAAAUUGAAA